AUGGCUGACCUCGACGUCGCAAGUCAUUACAACCUACCCUCCGAGUUCCCCGAAGAAUGGCCUGCAGCUCUAGAUGUGGCAGAGGAGUCAGAAGAAGAGCCAGUCCAACGAAUAGACUCCCGUCCACGCAAGUCUCGUUACAUGGCCCUUGAACGCAGUCCCAGUGAUUGGAGGAGCAACUGCGGUUCACGACGAGGGAAGGAGGGCAGAGACAAUGCGCGCGAAGAUGAGCCUGAUCCUUUAGGGACGAGCGACAGUGUGCUUCGGAUUCUAAAGCAACGAGGUGUGCCAUUAGAGGAGGAGGGCAAGUCGCGGUACCUGCUAUCAUCUACAUCAUUCUCCCCCGCACUGUUCCUAUCACAGGCGCAUCACUCAGCUUCUAUCGAAUCUCUGAUGGGAGGUCUGGAUAAUCUCUCACAUUCCAUCGACCAAAAGUCAGCGUCGUUGAAAGUAUUGGUGGAAGCCAACUUCGAGCGUUUCGUCCGUGCCAAGGCAACUAUUGAUAGCGUCUACACCGAGAUGAGAAACCAAGGUGUGGAUAAAGAAGCCCCUUUGAGUCCCCGUAGGUCGGGGCACUUCCGGAGCUACUCAGGUCAGCAACGAGGCAUUUCUCCUACCCCAGUUGUGGCUCCGAAGAAGACCGCUCUCGUCAAGGAGAGUGAGUACGGUAUGAAGGGUAUUCGGGGCCCUUUGGUUGAAGCUUCUGUUAAAGCCGAGGAAGUGUGGGGACCGGCACUUGGGGGUCGCGAGCGAGAAAAAGUACUAAAGUCACUGGUGGAGACCAUGGAGAAACAUCGUGAUGUAUAUGAGAUUGGAAGCCACUUGUCCAAAUCCAUCCAACAACGAGAUUACGACGCUGUUUUUGAGCAAUACACCAAGGCAAGAGCGCUCGCCAACCGCGCUAAGAAUAUUGCGCAGCAAGUCUCAUCCAGUUCCCGUCGACAACUAAAUGACUCUGAAACGCACACCAUCCUGGCGAUGGGCCGCAUGUGGAUGGAUGUUGACCAACAAAUUCACAAUUUCAAACGAGAUCUCUGGAGGCGUCUUGCCGAUGCCCCCACCACGUCAACCACAACCACCGCCUCAGGACCUGUGGAAGAACACAUGGAGCUGAUCGGUGCUUUGUUGGAGCUGGGUGUGGAAGAUAACCCCAUUUGGAAAUGGCUUCAGAGCCGUUAUGAAUUCUUGAAAACAAAAAUCAUGGGAUUCUGUGACCGAUGCAAGGGCGAAAUCGAAAUUCUGAGAAGAAGGCUUGCUGGCGGGGAGAGACCAACUCCACAAGCUACGGCAUCCUAUCUCCGCCUAGCACCUCGUGAUGGUGCAGCAGAAGUCCCGGGGAGACUAGACACAGAUCAAGUCAUUGAGUUGUGGGAAUGUGUGGAAGCGUUCUUAACCCGACUUUUGUCCUCCCAAAGUGGCUUGCUCGGCGAGGUGUUGGACUUCUGGGAAGUGGCACAGUCUUUCAUCGAUGGUAACAGGCAGCGCCUUCUGCCUGUUGGUUUCGAAGGAGAGAGUCGCAAACAUCAUCGUCUGUCCACCGAUAAUAUCAAAGAGCUGGAGAGGGGUGUUUCCGAGUUAGUCAACCUUAUUCGAGAGAACGUUGUAACUCUCUUCGCAGAACCUCCAACCAACGACGUCUCCUUGCUCUUCUCGCCAGUUCCGCCAAGUCCAUCAACCCCGGAAUCGAGGGGAGUUACUCCGACAGAGUCACGCUUCAAGCUGGAUCCAAGAAAUCUACCUUUCCCUGCCCCAAAAUUGGGGGAACACUGGGAGGAGUUCUCAUUCUGGCCGCCAUUCUCCAACUCCCUCAGUGGUGUUCAUUAUUUGAGUAAAUUCCUUAUCAUUGUGGGCACCGCUGCCAGCGAGAUGGCGGCAUUGCGGCCCAUUGGGGGCGCUGGAAAAACAUACGAUCUCCUCAAGGCCCUUGUCAGCGUAGCCCGGGAACGGUCUGCUCGUGUGGCAUGUGCUGCCUGGAGUAAAGAUGCGGAAAUCUGCAAGAUGUUGGAAGAUUGGACACGCGACUCAGAGAAGCGGGACUUAACUAAGAUGCCUGGGUUCUUUGUGGCGUUCGAGGGUGCUAUCCUCGGGGGCAUGCAGAAGAUACUUUAUAUCUCGGAAGCUAUGGCGAAGCCAGGUGCCGUGGAUGUUGUCACCCAACCACCUGCGAAACUACUUCAAAUGGUCCGCACUCAGUUCGUUUCGAGUGUUUACAAAGCUUUAAGCGGCCUAGUCGAAAACGCUGAGCGCCUGACAACGGCAGAUGAAGAGAAUGAAUGGAUUAUUUCUCGACCAGCAAUGAGAAGCCAAGCGACUGAUGCUGCCUUGUCUGUCUUCUCGGCGGAUUCCGUGGAUUCUUGGAAUAGGAACGUUCGAAUCCUCCUCACUCUUUCAAAUCUCAAGGCUCUGCAAGCCGAUCAUGUUCCACAGCUUAUCUCCAACUUUGAGACAUCCUUCUCAGUCAAGCUGACGGAAGAGGCCAAGACCAUCCGCGAUGUUCUCAGCCAAAUCGAAGACAGACUAUUCCAGUCCUAUGUCAACCCGACUACCGCCUCGUUAAACAAAACCAUCACCACUGGCAUUGCAUCUCCAGAUUGGGAACCAUCUGUUGACAGGCCGGAGCAAGUCCGCCCUUACGUCUACAAUGCCAUGUUGACCAUGGUGUUGGUGCACACCGAGAUUUCCACAACCAUUCCGUCCACUGUGUCAUCAGUUGCCUCUCGCGCUGCAUCAAAUGCACCUUCUUCGCUGUUGGCCACUGUGUUGACAUAUCUACUAUCUCAAAUUUCGUCGUCAUUACUUACUGCCUUCGCUGCUCGGACCUCUUUCUCGCUCCCAGCUCUGAUGCAGGCUACAUUGGACACUGAGUUCAUUGCACAAACGCUAAAUCUUUACUUGACCGACGAGGCCUCAAAUGCACAAAGUCAGAUCUAUGUCGAGCUAGAUCGUCGCACGACAAAUGACGCCCGCAUAAGGCUUCAAGCCGAGCUAGGAGAAAUGCGUGUUGUCUUGAAGCGGCUCAGAGAUCGGACCAAGGGCGAGUUUGCUUGUUUUAGAAAGCAGAAAAGCGGCGGGGGUGGAAAUAGUGGAGGCAGUGUCACUUCUAGCAAUUCAUGA